AUGGACUUUGGAAAUAAUGCUAGGAAAGUAAUAAAUGUAUUUUAAAUAAUAUUUCAGAGAGGUGGAGGAGAAUAUAAUGAGUAAGGAAUCAAAUAUUGUAAAUGGAUAGAACAGAGAGAUGACUUUUGGAUGUAUAAAUAACAAAUUAAUAUCAUAGAGAAAAUUAAGUAACUUAUAAUGGUGAAUAAAUUGAUGGUAAAAAUAUGGUUGAUGGAAUAUUUUAUAUAGACAGAAAUAUAUGUAACAAUAAUUAAUAUUUAUAAUAUUAAUAUAAUUUAGAGGUGGUGGAGUAUAUGAUAAAGAUGGAUUAAAGAAUGAUAAUUGGGUAGAUUAAUGUUUUUGAGUAUGCAACUCAUUUUUAUAUUAAUAUUCUAGUGGAUGUUAAUUCAUUUUCACAGGAAAGUAUAACAAUGGUUUAAAGUGCGGGAUUAGGAAUUCUAUUAUUUGGCAUCUUUGGAGAUAGCAAUUUGAUUAUAUGUAAGCAUAAUUUGUGA